AUGGAUCCCACAGCCAUCUCCCGCUGGCUCUCCCAAGUCAUGGACACCCCGAAUGUCAAUGGCGCCCUCCUCGUCGAAGCUUCAACCGGCAUCUGCCUCGGAGCGUCCGGAAAGGCGACGGAGGACGACGCGACGUAUCUGGCGGUUGCGUCGCGCGAUGGGCUGGAUGCGGACGGUGUGGGCGCCGUGGUGUAUAAGGAUAGUAAGGUGUUGAUCAGGAAGGGAGAUGGAGUGCUGGUGGCGGUGUUUAUGGAUUUGUAG